ACUGCCCAAUGACACAUAUAAAACAGACCCCCUAACAGAAUAAUUACCACGUGACGGAUCUGUUCCUGUCAGGAUUAAAUGGCGUAUCAGGAGGAUUCGGAAAGGAUUGCAUAGCUUCAGGAGAAGAUAGACGUCUGAGCAGGUUAUGUGAAUGAAAUCCGGGCUGCAACCGGAGCGUUUUUAUGCAUGUGAGAAAGGCUGAGCGAAAGCGCGCGACUGCUCAUGCGCCCCGGCAAGUGAGUGCGCGUGAAGAGAUGCUGCUCAUCAGAUAGUCAGUGUGGCGUCUGAUCAGGGGUCGAGCACAGCUCAUUUCUUCUCCUGUCACACACUGCAUCUGCGAGCCUCAUGGAUCUUCGGACGCUUUGGCUAAAUUGACAUCUGAAAUGGAUUUAUUCACAUUUGCCAUAAUAUGUCUCGCGGAUUAUAAGACCGGCGCUGAGCGCGUCCUUUCUUUACGUAAUGUCGUAACUAUUUGCGCAUUUAUCCUUGGCCGAGUUCAACUGCGAUAAAAAAAAAAUAAAAAAAAAAAAAAGAUCUCGUGCUCGAAACGUUGUCGGGGCAAAUUGGUUUUGUCUCCUGGACGAACACACCGUUUUUCUCUCGGUGUAUCUCCAUCUGGCUUUUGUUUCUGAAUGGGAAAAGCAUGGCACGUUACUGUGAUGGGCAAUGGAUAAACAAACCCCAGCUCUGGGCAUUAUUUACAUACAAUCCUUGAUGUAUCGUAACCCGAGGCGGAACGUUCUGGAGCUUAUACUCUGCAGCUCCAUCAGCUCACUCAGCUGAUCUCUUCAUUGCGUGUAAAGAAGUCGAGUACAGCUUAUAUCAUCGUAAAACUAGAUUUGACUCUUGAGAGAGUGGAAGAUAUGCCAUCCUCCAUGGAACUGUUCAUUAAGUGGGCUGUCUGCACUUCCCUGGUUCUUAUCCAUAUACCAGGGACCGACGGCUCAAUAGUGAAUUUCCACAAAACAUGCAUAUGUGCCAGUAACAUUGUGAGCUGCUCCAAAAUGAACUUAACUACUGUUCCAUCUGACCUGCCCAAGUACACAGCAGUGCUUGAUCUGAGCUAUAAUGACAUCACCAGACUACGUGCAGAGUGGACCACAUACAAGCUCCCCAAACUCCACAACCUUUUACUGAGCCACAAUGGCUUGCAUUUUAUCUCUACUGAAGCUUUUGAUUAUGUUAAGCACUUGCGCUACUUGGACCUGUCCUCUAACAGCAUCCGCCAACUGGAUGAGUACAUUUUUGAACAGCUAGAGUAUCUAGAGGUGCUCCUGCUCUACAACAACCACAUCUCCCAGAUUGACCGCACUGCCUUCACAGGCCUCAGCAAACUGCAGAAGCUCUAUCUGAGCCAGAACCAGGUGGCCCGCUUCCCUCUGGAGCUGGUUAAGGACAAGACGCGACUGGAAAAGCUGAGCUUAUUGGACUUGUCUUCCAAUCGGAUCAAAGUCCUCCCUAUUCAAGACCUGCAGGACCUGCCAGCCUGGCUCAAGAAUGGACUUUACUUCCACAAUAAUACGCUCAUCUGUGACUGUGAGCUGUACAGCUUGAUGGCACAUUGGUAUAUGCGACGACUAAACUCAGCUGUGGAUUUCAAAGAUGACUACACCUGCAUACUGCCAGGGCCUGAUAAGAAAAUCUUGCAUGUUUUUGAGCUAAACGUGCAUAUGAACUGCAGCACAUAUAAUGAAUCAGUGGAGGAAGCCUUUUUGGAGCAGUCUCUGGUCCUCAAGUGUGAUACACGGCAUCGGGACAUGUCCAAGACUUGGAUGUUACCUGGCAAUGUAGUAGUAUCACCUGGAAACAACCAGACUGCUUUAGUUCUGCCAGACGGCAGCCUGGAGAUCAGUUCAGUAAAACUCGAGGACUCUGGUCAGUACACCUGCUUUGCUGUAAGCGAAUACCUUAAUGAAACCCUGUAUGUGUGGGUGAAGGUACAUAACUUCACUCUUAAUGGAAACAGCGAGACCCUCAAUACAGCAUACACAACUCUGGUGGGAUGCUUGGUCAGUGUGGUCCUGGUGCUCAUCUACCUGUACUUGACCCCUUGCCGGUGCUUCUGCUGUCCAGGACAAGGGAAGUCCAAGAACAAUCACGAGGAUAGUAUUCAUUCGUCUAUGCUCAGUGCCACCCCAACUCACGAGGAUCUGGCAACCAAAGCAGAGCCCAACAGGCAUGUUGCCUUCAUAGAUCCCAAGGACCUGCAGGGCCAGAAUGGGAAAGUGAAUCGCAAUGGGGAAGAGGAGCUGGAGGAUGAGGCUAAACAUGGGAAAGGAAAGAGAAAGAAAUCAGUGGCAGACUCUAUUAGCUCAGUCUUCUCUGACACACCCAUUGUGGUCUGAAUGGAUCCUGUCCAGAGUUGAAACUGGGCUGCCUACUGUGAUGGAUGCAAAUUGUGUGAGGUUUGUCCAGAGGCAAUGAGUUGUUGAGACAUCUUUGGAAAAAGAGCAGCAGAAAUGCAGUUUGCACCCUUCAGCAUGUGGCUAAUUAAAGACACAGUGUUAUAUAGCUUUCCUUUGUGAAUUUGACAAGGACAAGUUAGAGAAGCCUUUCCAGCAUUUUAAUCUGUAGCACUUAAGUAUAUACUGUGAAAAGGUCUUGCCAUAUAUAGUAAGUAGUAGUAACGUGUCACUGAGAAGUGGGGAAGGUCAUAGGGAACAUGGCAAAAAUAAUUUCUCCAUGAACAGGCACUGGCAAGCCUUAAUAUUUAGUAAUAUAUAAACCAUAUAAACCAUAUAAUAUGAUUCUUAGACUGCUGAGAGUAGAAAGAUUAUAGCUUUGUGUCCUGUAGCCAUUAAUACUUACAAUAUUUAUUCCUCCCUUCCCCAAAUGCUAACGUGCCAGCAACACCACUUUAUAUAUAGACUUCAGUCAUGAGUCAUUGCUAGAGGAGUGGCAUGCCAUUAACCACCAUUACGGUGAAUGCUGAACACUGUCAAGUGCAGUUGAAAGGACGUAGCAAAGAUUUGAAUGUGCUUGUAGAAAUUCAGCACCUCUAAGCUUAUCAAUACGUCAAACCGUAGAGGAAACCUGGGUCAGUUUUAAUAGCAAAGUAAAAUUGGAAAAGAGAAAAUCCAAUUGUUGCAUUACCAUUACAUUUAUAUUGGUUGUUGUUGUUGUUAAUAAGGAAUAAGCUGUAAAGUGAAUAGGUGACAUUAAGCCAAAGUUCAACUUGCAUUGCAAUUCCAUAGACACUUGCAAUAAUACCACAAGACUACAGCUGUUGCUGAAUUUUAGAACAAAACAUGCUGGAUUUUAGGACAAAAUGCUAAAACUUGUUUUGGAUAGAUGUCGUCUUCUAGCAUCCUGUCAAGUUUGGUUAUUGAAAGUUUGGGUAGUUGUAGCACCAAAAAUUAGAACUGACAUGCCGGCUGCCAUGAUCCCCAAGGAUCACUGAAAAUUAAUGCCAGAUGCACAAUAGCAUUUCUUGUAAUCCCCAGCUUAAGAGUAAAUUAAAUCAGCAUGUUGUGUGCACAGCAAAUGUAUACCUUAAACAAUGGCUCGUAAUCACAUUAUGGCUGCCAUUCUCUGUCAGAAAAUAUGGCCUAUUAUUUGCACAAUGCCAUUUGCAUGAGGCUGUCUGUCAUGACAACCAGAGAGACAGAGACAUUUCCUGAAUGCUAAUAACCUCUUAAAAUAGAAUAAGGCAUCUCUCUGCUUUCCCCAAUACACCAGGACAGUCCAUAAUGCAAAAACCAAAACUGUUUUUCAAACAUCUCUGAUUCUCAAACCUUCUCAAGUUCAGGGUUAUUUGCAUCUUUUGCUAGCUUUAGUCAUUGCUGAGUCACCCAUUGUCAAAAUGUUUUCUAAACGAUUGGGCCCAUCUUUAAUUAUAACCCAAGUCCCCAAAAGAUGCUUGUAAUCUUGAUCAGAAAAAAGGACAGAGCACUGGGUUUAUUUUUUGGCAAAAGAGUCUAAUCUGACAUAUUCAUUAUGCAUGUCACUAUCCAGUGUCACAUAGGCUUUAAUGAACGUGAUAAACACAUUGGAAGAGUUCCUCAGAUAUAGCACACAAAAUGAACAUUUCAGAAUGUUGGUUCAACGUGUAUUUCCACACAACAUGCAUUCUAUGUAGCAUUCAGCUGUCAUACCAUGUAACUCUAUCCCGACACCAUAAUAGUUUCAAUACUCUGGCUUCACGUUUGCCUAGAGUGAAAUAAGACAGUGAUUUGACAGCCAUAUCAUUCUUGGUUUCACCCCACUUGGGUGAAGUCAAAGGCAGGCUAAUUCAAAACACACUGAUUCUCAAUGGUAAAAUUAUAUGGAGGACACUAGCAAUGGAAGUAUUUUAGAGCAUUCCAGUUACAAUCUGUGUAAUAAGGGACUAAAACCUCUAAGAUUCUGUUUUCUGAAAGAGGGGAGAGCCCAUCUGGUUUGCACAGCAUCAUCUCAGGAAAAAAGUAUUGGAAAAUGAGAGCAGCUAUGAUGGACAGCGGCAGGCAGUGGGCAGUUCAGGCCUAAUACACGCCUCCUCAGCUGAAGCCAAAAUCCUGUGACGUCCUCACCAUCAUGAUCUCUAUGGGAAGAGGCCAGUGUCUCUGUUGCUUUCAAACAUGCUUCACCUAGGCAAGAGACACAACACCCAAACAAGUUCUAAUGGCUUUUCAGCCAUUGUCAUCUGUUUUCCUUGAGUAUCAGUCCUUGGAUAUUGUUAGAUGGCGGCAGUAUUUUAUUAAUCUGUUCAUCAUUCAGCAUUUUAUGGGCAGUACAUCUGUGCUUUUGUGUGUUGCUUCAGUGUUUGUUUACAACGUUUACCUUGAAGACAGUGUUUUCUUAACCAGCAAGUCAUUUUGUCUGAUUUCCUUGUUCUUCUAUCAGAAGUGCCCAAGUCACUCCUCUAGUUUAACACUGCUGGCUCUAAUGCUGACAUGUAUUAGGUGUAUCAAUUUAGUACAACUGGCUCUGAUAUGCAGAUGGUCUUGAAGAGCCUGUUUAGGUCGAUCAUGUGGGCUAAAGCUGAAAAUAACCUGUGGGAAAGUAGAUCACAGGGAGCAUACUGGGCCUCAUUCUUCUUUAUAUAGUGUUCUUUAAGCUGUUGUCUGGAUUCCACUUGUGACAAAAGAUGUUGAGCAUUUUAUAAUGUUAUCUGUUGUAAUUUAUGUUUCUGUCAUAUGAAAUCUUGAAGAUAUGUUUACAAUGUGUCUCAAUAGGUCUGUAUAUUAAAUUAAGAAGUUAGUUAAUAGACCAGAAACUUCAGUAAGCCAUCACAGACUGUACCUAUGGAGGCAACAAAGCACUGUAUCAGUAAGCAGUAGGUUAUAUGCUCUUUUUCAGGAAUACACUGUUAUAUGUAGAGACGUUUGUGACACAAAACCCAGAGAACUGCCUUGACUUUACAUUAUGCGCCUCUAAUACCUUUCGUUAGGAUAAUGUAUAAUGUAAGCACACUAAAUUGUGUAUCAGUGUACCUAUUUCUUACCUAGCCACUUUACUCCUGUUUGUGAAUAUGGCCUGUUCAUUUUGUCCUUUUUUAAGUGCCAUACACUAUAUGUAACAUGUAUGUACUAUUUCACAACUCUGUAUGUCAAGUAUUUUAUCUCAUUUAAUUUUGAAUCUCUGGCUACUAGAGACUAUUAAUAUAAAGUGGCUGUGUCUGUCUGUUGUCUACAGUUGGAUAUACAAAGACUUUUAGUAUAUAACAAAUACACUGACCAUGUCACAAUCAUUUCAACAAAAGUGCUUGUCUUUAGUUUUUGUGAAAUGAAAACAACAAAGACAAAUACAUCCAGCUACCGGAAAUCACAUUAGUGCAAAGUGAAUGUCUUGAAGGUAGUAAUAGCCUCACAGUGGAAACAUGGCCCAUGUCUCAGUAAGCACAUUAUGAGUGCAAUAUCCAUUAGAUGCUGCAUAGUGCUGGUCCUGUAUUAGAGAUAGAGAGGUUCUGCUGUAUCGAGUCUCCAUGGUAGACUGCAGACUGUGACUGACUGUAGGGUAAAGCUUAAGCCAGAGCUGUAGAGGUUUUAUUAUAGACAAUUACUAUGAUGGUAAAAUUAUUUGCAAAACUAAUCAUAAUAAAAAAAAGGUUACAGCUUCA